AUGAUUAUUCGUCUUUUAUUGAUUAUUUUGAAUAUUGAUUUAUGUAUUAGUGCAGAACAAACAAAAAAAGAUCUUGGAACAGUAAUUGGUAUUGAUCUUGGUACAACUUAUUCAUGUGUUGGUAUUUUUAAAAAUUGUCAUGUGGAAAUUAUUGAAAAUGAUCAAGGAAAUCGAAUAACACCAUCUUGCAUUGCUUUUACACCUGAUGGCCAACGAUUGAUUGGUGAUGCAGCUAAAAAUCUACUUACAUCAAAUCCUGAAAAUACUGUUUUUCAAGUUAAAAGGCUUAUUGGUCGAAAAUUUAAUGAUUCAUAUGUACAAGCUGAUAUAAAACAUUUUCCUUUUUCAGUCAUUGAAAUUAAGAGAAAACCAGUAAUUAGAUUAAAUACUCAUUAUGGAGAAAAAUUAUUUACCCCUGAAGAAGUUUCUGCAAUGAUACUUGGAAAAAUGCGUGACAUUGCUGAAAGAUUUCUUGGUGAGAAAGUUAAAAAUGCUGUUGUAACAGUUCCUGCUUAUUUUAAUGAUGCUCAACGGCAAGCAACAAAAGAUGCUGGAACAAUUGCUGGUUUAAAUGUUCUAAGAAUUAUCAAUGAACCAACAGCUGCAGCUAUUGCUUUUGGAUUAGAUAAAAUUAAAAAAUGGAAAGAAGCAAAGAAUAUUCUCGUUUAUGAUUUAGGUGGUGGAACAUUUGAUGUUUCAUUACUAGCAUUUGAUAAUGGAGUAUUUGAAGUACUUGCUACUAAUGGUGACACACAUUUAGGUGGUGAAGAUUUUGAUCAACGUAUUAUUGAAUAUUUUAUUAAAUUAUUUAAAAAAAACAAAGGAAAAGAUGCUGGAAAAGAUCUUCGUGCUAUUGAAAAACUUCGUCGUGAAGUUGAAAAAGCCAAAAGAAUUUUAUCAUCAGAACAAAAAACAAGAGUUGAAAUUGAAUCAUUUAUUCCGAAUGAAGAUUUUAGUGAAAUAUUAACACGUGCCAAAUUUGAAGAACUUAAUAUCGAUUUAUUUCGUUCAACACUUAAACCAGUUGAAAAUGUUCUCAAAGAUGCUGAUGUAACCAAAUCUGAUAUUGCUGAAGUUCUUCUAGUUGGUGGAUCAACACGAAUACCGAAGGUACGACAGAUUCUUAAAGAAUUCUUUAAUGGAAUGGAACCAGCACGUGGAAUUAAUCCGGAUGAAGCUGUUGCUUAUGGUGCUGCUAUACAAGGUGCUAUACUUGCACAUGACGAAUGUGUCAUCGACAAUGAGAUUGUUAUCAUUGAUGUUAACCCAUUAACAAUGGGUAUUGAAGUUAAAGAUGGAGCUAUGAGUGAUAUUAUUCCUCGCAAUAGUCAUAUUCCAAUAACAAAAGCAAAACCUUUUACAACUGUUUCCGAUGAUCAACAAAUAGUUACAAUAAAAAUAUUUGAAGGUGAACGACCGUUAGCAAAACAUAAUCAUUUUUUAGGAGAAUUUGAUCUUACUGGUAUUCCACGUGCACCACGUGGUAUUCCUGAAAUUGAGGUUACUUUCGAUAUUGAUGUUAAUGGAAUUCUUAAUGUCACUGCUCAUGAAAAAUCGGGAGGAAAUAAAAAGAGUAUUGUUAUCAAUGCAAAAACAAAUCAAUUGUCAAAUGAGGAAAUCAAUCGAAUGAUUAAAGUUGCCGAAUUAUUUUCAGAUGAAGAUAAAUUAGUUAAACAACGAAUUGAAGCCAAAAAUGACCUUGAAUCUUAUACAUAUUUAUUGAGAAAUCAAUUAAUAAAUCAGAAAGGAUACUUUCAAGAAUUGUCACCGAAAGAAACAUCAACGAUUCAAAAUGCUGUUGACAAUCAAAUCAAAUGGAUUGAUUCUAAUAUCAAUGCCAAAACUGAUGAAUUUAAAAAACAGAAAAAAAAACUGGAAACAAUUGUUCUACAAAUAAUGAGUACAAUUCAUGGUUAUAAAUCUAAUUACAAUCGAACAGCAUAUCAUGGAGAAUUAUAA